AUGGAGGAUCAAGUGACUAAAAUUCUAAACCAACCUGUUGUGAUAGAUAAUGGGUCUGGGACCAUUAAGGCAGGUUUUGCAGGGGAGGAGCGCCCGAAGUGUUACUCGUCUUCGAUAGUGGGAAGACCGAAAUAUUCGAGGGUUAUGGCUGGUGCGCUUGAAGGCGAUACUUUUAUUGGCAAUUCUGCGCAAGAAAACAGGGGGCUGCUAAAACUGCGGUACCCCAUUGAUAACGGUAUCGUUCAAGAUUGGGAUGAUAUGGAGCUGAUAUGGAACCACGUGUACACGAAGGAACUCAAAAUCAAGACUGAGGAUCACCCUUUUCUGCUGACAGAAGCCCCUUUGAAUCCUGUUGCAAAUAGGGACAGAAUGGCCCAGAUAUUCUUUGAGAACUUCAACAUACCGGCGAUGUAUGUUUCUGUUCAGGCGAUACUGGCCUUAUAUGCCUCUGGACGAACUACCGGUGUUGUUCUGGACUCUGGAGAUGGUGUUUCACAUGUGGUUCCUGUGUAUGAAGGGUUCUCGAUACCGAGCUCCAUUAAGAGGAUCGAUAUUGCCGGUAGAGAAGUGACGAAACAGCUGCAAUUGCUGCUACGCAAGAAUGGGGUUCCGCUAUUGAGUUCUUCGGAAAUGGAACUGGUCAGACUGAUCAAAGAAAAGCAUUGUUUUGCGUCAUUGGACCCUAAAUCUGACGAGAAUGACUGGCAUUCGUAUACCAUGACCAACCCCAUUCUUAGUUCAACACUGGCAACGACUUCCAGCUCUGCGGUCUUCACUUCGUGCAACAGACCUAUACGAGACGUAUUCAAGCUGCCGGACGGCAAACUCAUUGAGCUGGGGCCAGAACGGUUUAGGGCCUCAGAGGUGUUGUUUCAUCCGGAGAUCAUCGGAUCGGAGAGUCAGGGAAUUCACGAGAUCCUACUGGACUCUAUAAGCAAGACAGAUCUGGAUCUGAGGCCAUCUUUGUAUCAAUCGAUCGUGCUAAGUGGUGGCACGACUACCACCAAAGGAUUCGGAGACCGAUUGCUGAAGGAACUGAAGGAUGAGAUUGCGAAAGGCACCAAGCUCAAGAUAUACGCUCCACCAGAGAGAAAAAUGAGCACUUGGAUCGGAGGGUCUAUCUUGGCUGGUCUGAGUACGUUUAAGAAGAUGUGGGUGAGCCGCGCGGAGUAUUUUGAGAAUCCAGACAUAGUGCAUACGAAAUGUUUAUAG